AUGCGCGGCAUCAAGAAGUCUCGAAACGGAUGUGCAACGUGUAAGAGUAAAAGGUUGAAAUGUGACGAGUCCCGGCCAGCAUGUGGACGUUGUACGCGGCUCAGGAUCAAAUGUCCCGGCUAUACUCAACGGUUCCGAUGGGUUACGAAACACGAAACAUUUGAAGCACCAAGUACGCCAACAGCACCCAAAGACACUCCUGGUCAGACCUCCCCUAGUACUUCUAGAGAUGGUGAGAUCAAUGGUGGAGAUGUCUCACCAAGCGUGCCAAAUUCGAACGCCGAGUCUCCGGAGAUGUCAACAUUCGAAGGAAGUGGAACAGCUUCGCUCAAUAAUUGGGAUCAGGAUCUUGAUAUUGAGCAUUUGGAUCACCAAUUCAGUACGACGCUGCCAGAAUUGGAACACUUGAAUACGCCAGCCGCGACGAGGUCGACUAUAGAUCUGGACGGCUUCAAUAAUUUCCCAUUGGCCUCGAAUAUCGAACGAAGGAGAUCGACUUUACCGAAUGAAUACAAUCAAUUAAUGCGCAGCAAUAGUCUGCCAUCCACCCGCCCGCCACCAUCAUCGUUAUUCAGGCGCCAGUUCCCAAUUGACUUGCAGUCAGCCAGUCAGUUCAGUAUCCUACCGCUACCGCGCAAGACACUGGAAGACCCCUCAUCGACACUAGUCGAGUACUAUUUCAAAGAAGUCGCUGGACUAUUCUCCAGUUAUGACAGUCAUAUGAACCCAUUUCGAACGACAGUAUCCCGUCUGUGGGCUUCGUCGCCGGCUAUGUGCCGGACAUUGCAGAGCAUGGCGGCCGCAACGCUGGUAGAUGAUUUCCCUCAGUUCGGUCCAGUAGGGCUCAAAAUGCGCAAGGAGGCUAUUUUAUUACUGGAAAGUCAAGAAACGCACGAUGAUAAAUCACUACUUGCCAUGUUGAUGCUCGGACAGACGGCAAGCUGGCAUAACCCGAAUGAUUUAGGUAUAUCCUAUUUCAAUACUCUUCGCAACCACCUGAAUUCUCUUACGAGCGGUAUCAACAGUGGUUCUCUUCUGACGAACCGCAACAAUUAUCAAUUCUUUGAGGAAGCACUUAUAUACUGGGAGAUGUUGCUAUCGUUCGUAGCAGACACCAGCACACUGAACUCGUCUGCAAAGGUACAUCUCGCAGCAGCAAAUGAUCAACCCUUGACGCAAAAAGUACCGCAUCCAUGGACGGGGAUUGCGCGUGAUACACAAUUUAUCGUAAACAAGGUUGGCCGACUCGUUCGUCGAGAACGGAAGCGCAUUCGCGCAAAACGCUUCACAUCGCAGAGAGACAUUACACAGGCCCAAGAAGCGAUUCGAGAAGCACUGGAACUGGAAGAGAGGCUGCUGAGUCUAGCGCAUCCAGCAGAGACCGAUGUCGUAAAUCCUGGAGAUAACGAUACCCCUGUGUGGCACUUGCUUGCGAUGGCUGAGGUUUAUCGGCACACUGGUCUGCUUCAGCUAUAUCGGGUAUUUCCGGAUCUUUUACGUGAUCGAUUACAAGCAGAGAGCAUAUUGAAAGGAGAUAUGUCGAGUACUCUGGAUCCAAGUUUAUUAUAUCCACCAGCGGACGUUUCAAACAGCCCCAACUUUGCAUUUGACAUAUUCGGCAACUUGGAGAGCCUACAAAAAGACGACGUGGUGGGCGAGAGUAAUGGGGAUGAUGUCCUGUCGGAGGACGUGAAAUCAGAAUGGCUGACUACCAUAGCCCUGACGGCCAUGUCUCGUCUCAAAACGGUUCCCCUAGAGUCACGUACAAGAUGUCUACAACCUUUCUUGCUGGUUGCUUCGUCCAGCGAACUUCGAUUGCCGGCCAUGGAAUUACCAUCAUUGGACCCCAGUCGAGGCGACUAUUCGUUGAACCUGUCCGCGCACGCUAUUGAAGUCUCUCGCACACGGAAAUUCAUCCUUGGCCGGCUGACUUCAUUCCUGCAUGUCCUCCCGCCUAAGCCAAUCCGUAUCUGUGUUGACCUGGUACAAGAAGUCUGGCAACGCAUGGAUGCAGGAGAGUCGGACGUGUACUGGAUGGACGUCAUGAUUGACAAGGGAUGGGAAACCACCAUGGGCUAG